AUGUCAGCUAGCUAUCACAACUUCCCGCGCAACCUGAGCAGCACGAGUGGAGCGGCUCGACACCACUCGCGCCAACCACCGCCGCCGUGCUGGCCUCCUGCUGAGCAUCCCUCCUCGUUGGGAUGGUCUUGUGGAAACGGCAACGUGGCGGCCUGGGAACACCUGACUGCCUCUAGGGGACGCCUCCUGACGACCCUGCCUGCCGCCGCAGCCGUUGCUGCUGCUGCUCAGCAGGCCGGCUGCUUCGGACCCAGACUACUACGGCGCAGCGGCCCUUCCAACGAGCUACACCUGCAUCUGGAGAUGUGCUACGACCAGUUUCACAGCCUCGAGAAGGAGCGCAAAAAAACGGAAGCAGAGCUGGCCCGGCAAAAUCCCGGAAAACGUGUGUCGAGUGCCAACAACAUCCCCGUGCCGCGGCUGCCCCCGAAUCCGUCCCGUGUGGAUCGCCUGAUUGUCGACCAGCUUCGAGAACAUGCUAAGGUGCUGACACUGGUGGCCAAGAUGGAGCAGUUGCGAGGUGCAGAAGUGCACCCUGAUGUGCAUGUCAGCAUGGAGCAAUGGCUAGAGGCUCUACGAGGUGUGCAGACCUGUAGGCGUGAAGAGAUGUUGCAUCAGGCGCACCGACACCACCGCCACCUGCUCAACCCGCCUACCCGCUUCCAAGAAGAGGCUGAUGUGCUUGCCCUGGCACACAGCAUCCGACAACUGAGCCAAGCAUCGCGGCGUGCCCGCACAGCCCUGUGGUGCGCCCUUAUCACUACGCUGCUCGUUCCCCCAAAUUCAACACCACUGCCUGCGACCGUUCCUUCCUCUUCCACCUAGUCGGCUUGCCUACUUCGUCUUUUCUCCUUUCAUCAUGUGGAAAAGGCCGCGGUUGAUGCUGUUGCGGUUAUGUCGGGUGUUGUUCGUCAAGAUGUAGCCGGUUUUCUUGUGGUUUUCUGGGGGAAGUAUGCGCCAUGGUUAGAGUGAGUGGAAGAAAAAUUGGAACCAACCUGGCAGGCUUGUUUGCAAGCUAACCAAAGGUUGGAUGCAACUGAGCCUGAAGGCAAAUGUUGGCAUGAUCAGGAGAAGCAUACGCUUAAGGCAAAAAGGAGUGCUUGUUUCUGUACAUUACGGCUCACUCGUGCAUGCCUACAAGCCAAAAUGAAGUCUUCCUAAAGGCAUGUAAUGGCAAUACAAAAUAAUUAUAAAAAAAAUAAUACAGAAAACAAACUAUUUGGCACGUUCAGUUCUAAACACGCUAGCAGUGUGUUGCUGCAAAGACCAUUAAGAUAACUUUGUUUCCCGAUUCUGUACUUCUUAGAAAUUUACGCUGCUCUUUGUUAAACAUGACACAUUUUUAGGCACUUGUUAUUGUUUGAACGUUGGCAAAAUUUAAGAGUGGAAGCUGACCAAGUUGCCAAGAAAGCAAAGGAAUGUAAAGCACUAAGGGUGAGCAGACUUAGCUCGGUUGACUGCUUUGCGAGACUUUUCCUGUGCUCACCCUUUGUUCUCUGCCAACACUGAGCGAUGCUGUUGCCACUAUUGGCUGUAGCAGUCGAAAAUUGAUGUAAAUUUCUUCUGGAUGGGAAAGAGCAAUGCUGGUUUAAGUGAAAGUAGAGAGGUGCUGGCUACUUUUGAAACACCUGAUGCCAGUUAGCGAGCUCAGUAGUGCAUUUAGUGUGAUGUGGUGCAGCUUGUUUUGCUGACAAAAUGAAUUCUUCCACUGACUCAUGCAGCUGCUGCUUUCCCCCAUCAAGUUGUCUGCUCAGUGCCUACAAGAUGCCUGUCGUUGAUUUCCAGCACUAAUAUCCCUGCUGCCAAAAGUAAAAAAGGUUAAAGGAAGUUUAGUUUCCUUUCAGUACAACUAUUUUUCUUCACUUCUGCCACCGUGAUAAUUACUCGACUUGUGUUUGUCGGUCAAAGAGUGUUUGGACAGCUGUGGCUAACACUUUGUCACUCUUUCAAAGCACUUCGUGUCACCAUUUUUUUAUCUCUGUACAAAGUGCGCUGUCAAAUUGUCCUGAAUUCGUGGCUGCUGGCUUCCAAAGGCAUUUGUGAGCCAGUUUCAAGUUGAGCAAAAAAAAAAAUUCUCACCCUACUUAGGUGGGCAAAAGCGUUCACAGUUUCUCUUGAAGUGCAGUACACCUGGGCAUCUUGUAGGCAUUUGAGCAGGAAGCAUUUUAUUGACUGUGCCUCUCUAUGUGAGCACGUUUGUAUGUGUGCUUGUGGGACUGUUGUGUGGUUGCGCGUGAGCGCUCUGCUAGGGGCCCAAUGUUUGAAGUUUACCUUUUGUUGUUACUUUUUUUGACACAAGCAGAGGCAGGCUGUUCAGUCUGCCGAAACGCUUACGAAGACAGAGCACUCUGUGCGGCCCUUGUUUGUGACAGCAACCACAUUACUGGUUGAGCUACCUUGUUUUUGACUGCAUUGGGAAGCCAGCUGCUAAGUUACUGUGAACAACAGCGAAUGGCAGGCUACUUUUUGCUACUUAAGAUAUUGUUUCCUUUUUUGUUUGUUUGUUUGGUGCAGUGCAACAUUUUGCAUGCUUGGCUUGUUUGAGGGUGUGUUUUGGGAACCAUAGGGAUUUCUCGUCUUCCUUCUUUUUUACUUUUAUGACAGAAACUGGAAAAUGAAAUUUAAGCACAGUGCUUUUAACUUUUGCAUGCCGUGCGGACGGUGGAAAUUAAUUUAGCUGUGGAAUCUUCACUCUGUGAGCCUGAGAGUGAGUUGAUUGCCAGAAGAAUGAUUGCGCGACCAGUGCAUCGCAUUGGGUUCUCUGCGAAGCCUCUAUUUUUGAGUGGUUGAUGGGACUCUGGUUGUGAAUGUAGCAGCCCUGCCGGUUGCUCCUUUGACCCACACCCAAUGGCGGCACUGUUUUAAUGUCAGCUUGUAAGCAGCACUCAGUGCAGCGGGCUAGCUGUAGCAGAUGCUCAACAUAAGUCGGAAUCUUUCAGCUUGGUUCGAGCAGCAGAAGUUUCCUAAUGUCAGGGCACUAUUUCUCUUCGGUGGCUGUCAGGGCUUUGGUGACUCAGUUUUGCAAACCUUUCUAGUUAUUGGAAAUUUCUGCUGUAUUAUCAGUGGUCUUCAAUCUGUACAGUUGAGAAUAUGGGCUGAACCUUCAAGCUUGUGAGCAUGGUUUCAUUAGCACUGGGACUAUGUUCAAAGAGAAUUUCCUGCCGACAGCAGCACGGAGUAAAAGUAACGAUUCAUUAACAUUCAAGUUUGAUUCAUGGCAUAAAUUUUUGUGGCCAACUGCCAGCAUGCGCUUAGUUGAAAUCCUCAAGGAAAAUAAUUAGCUGAGCUUUUUAAUUUUUAACAAUAGUCCUGCAAUGUCUACACUGAAGAUGCAACUUGGCAUUCCAGCUACAAGCAGCUGCUGCAUUUAAGCUGACCCAAAACAGUAGCCAACUGAACGAUACUCAUGUUGACAAAUUUUGGGUAGACCGGCACGGUGUCGUAGCUUUUUUGUUCCGUGUCAAGCCUACAUGUGUUAGCACAUUGGUAGUCCUCACUAGACGCAUUCUAGUCAACUCCACGAGGAGCUUCCCUCUUUUAAUAUGCCAACUGUACACAUUGCUGCUCCUUGUUGUCACCUUGUGCAUCUGUCUGUUAGGCCGUAGGUCAUCAGGCCUAGUGGCUUUGCCUGUUGAAGUUUUUUUGGUGUUUGCCUAAUGAUAUCCUGAAGCUGUUUAGCUUCGUGUUGUUUGUUUGCCUUCCUGGUGGUUGUGUACUUUGCGCCCUACAGCUCGGGCCUAGAUUUUUUAGUAUUUCUCUUCCUGUUAUUGUAGCACGAGUUUUGUGUCCACACCACGUAUAUUCCAAACAUUUGCCUCUGCAUAUUUCCACGGGGAUGCCUGGGGUACCUAAUUGCUCUCUCUCUCUCUCUCUCUUUUUUUUUUUUUUGGUCCCUGGUUCGGGGUUGCGCUGUUCAAGGAGGCGCAGUCACUAACCAGUCAACGAAGUGGCACUUUGCCGCAAGAAACUUAGCUUGAAUUUAGAACAAGAAAUAUAUGACGAAAGCAUCUAUACUAGAUGCUGAUACUCAGUCUGCUGCUUAAAGUAAUGUGGCAAACUUGUUUUUGAUUAUUUGUUUGUCUGUUUGCUAGUUUGUUUGUUUGUUUUUUCGCAGAUUUUGGGUUUGACUAGUCUUAUUUGUUGGGCAAUCUUUUUUUGACUUCAUCACAUGUGAUGCAAAGUAAUUUUGCUGGUUGUUUCCCUGUUUUGUAAUAUUUAACUGUUAUGUCCUGACAUCAAUGCCCUUGAGCUUGGAUGAGACACGGAGACUUUCUUUUUUUUUUUUUUUUGGUACUGAGUAAUGAAAACAAAAGAUGCUGUCAACAGCAUAUUAGCUUUGUGUGUGUUUCACUAGUUUGUUUGCGUUUUUUUUUUUUUUUCAGUAUAUUUUGGGUUUGAGUAGUCUUAUUUGUUGAGCACUUCUUUUUUGACUUCAUCACAUGCAAUGCAAAAUAAUUUCGGUGGCUGUUUCCUGUUUUGAAAUAUGUAACUGUUUAUGUGCAGAAAUCAAUGCCCUUAAGCUUGGUUGAGACACUGAGACUUUCUUUGACAUUUGGUACUGAGUAAUGAAAUACAAAAGAUGCUGUCAACAGCAUAUUAGCUUUGGGUGUGCCUUUUAGCUUUUAAUUCCUUACAGCUUGCGCCACAAGCAACAGGGAUUGACCUUUGAAAAGCCUCGUUAUCUGCUUCAAAAUGUGGCCGAAAUGGUUUCGUAGUCUUAUAGGGCCGGAGAUAUUUUGCACGAAAGCUUAGAUUUUCUUAUCAGUGUCCUAGUGCCACAUUGCGGCCCAAUCUCAACAAAUGCAGAGCACAGAGCCUUGGCUGUACGUAUAAGUGAGGUUUUCAUAGUGCAGAAAUCAGUCUGCCAAGUAUUCUAGUUAGAACUAGUCAGAGCAAUAGAGGGAUGUGGGAAGUUGUUCAUUCUGCAAGGUCACAUAGAUGCAAGAAGUACACCUAGCUGUUGUGAUAAAUGUCUCUGGGUGUGCAUGUUUUCCGCAAGCUUGUCGCCGUUAUUGUUCCUAUUCACUUUUACUUAUUUUUUUUCACUCUAGAUGCGUGCAAUAAGCUGUGUAAGUGUCGUCUGU